UCGGCAGACUGGCAGUACAUAAUAUUAGACCGUACUGCAUUAGUGACCGUUCAAAUAAUAUAUCAAUUGCACAGCGAGAAAACCUGGAAACUCUAGUUACGUACUGGUAGUCUCUGACGUGCUAUAAUAUUAUAUUGUCCCAACACAAUGACCAUCGCGACAUUACUUAAUCCCUUGACCAAAUCCAAAAGCGUCUUUACGAUCCCCGUGGAUGCUAAAACGGGAAAUGUACUCUCUCCGCAUCCCACCAUCUAUCGACCCAAUGCCCCACCCCUGCAGGCCUUCAAAGCCGUCGAACUGGAGACGGACGAUGGUAGUGGCAAACGCGGACUGGGAUUCUUAAUUUUCAGUACUAUUAUGGCGCUGUGUGCCGUGGGCUUCUUUGUGGGAGCGGUGGUGUACGUAAUGAAGGAGCGGGAACUGGAUGCAACACCGAGUCUUCAAUUGGAAGGCAAAGCAGGCAAUCGCACCAUCUACCUCAAUUUGCCCAAGACUGCUGAUAAGUCCAGCGAAAACUUUAAGAUCGUCAAGGAAAAUGGGGAAUUGGCGGAUCCGCAACCGUCUGACGCUUUCGUGAUGUCGUUGGAUGCGGCCAUACGCCCGCCGUUUUUCGAGUAUAGGUAUUUGAUGGAUUUAAAUGAUCAGUGGCUGCUAUUGGAUAUGCCCGUCGUGCCGAUCCUACAAGUGGACCGUCCCGCCAGGAUUUUUAACGAUUUUACGGGGAACUGGACCGUCGUGAUGGAUAUGACGGACGACAUUUGUUACGUCAUUCCGCUGCAUCAGAAUAUUACGAACCAAAGUGGUGAACGACAGCCGGCCAAUGGACAGUGCCGAUGUCGCGUCAAUGCGCUGACCGGCAAAGAAUAUUGUAACAUGGACGUGGAGGAUGCGCUGGUGGAAAGCUUCUACCGGUUCGGACCGUUCUCGGCCAGUAAAUUAUUCCAUGGCUACGCUGUACAGGGAUUCUGUGGUGAUCGUGCAACCUACUUCCUGUUAUCCACCGACAUCCUGGAUACAUUUGGAUCAUUACUGACGACGGAGCAUGUGCUGCGGUUUGUAGAUUUCGCUGCCGGAAACAUCCGGGUGAUCCAGAUCCUGCGCAGCACGUAGGCUAGGUAGAAACAACAGGCUCUCUUUACUGUCCUUUGUGGCGCUUGUCCUGAAUGAUAUCGGUUGCGCAUACAGAUACCGGCACACGCACAUUUACGUUGCCUAUUGUCUGCAAAGAUUAAGUUGAAGAACGAGAGGGAUGUGAA